UCCUUGGAAUUAGCACCCACUUCUAAUCCCCAGCCCCUCUCCCCCAUCAGAGGAGGGCUUAAGAAAGAAGCAGAGGGAAGUCCAGGAAGAUGACAGGGCAAAUGUUGAAUAAAAACACUUACGAGGGCUUAUUUUCUGAUCAGAGAACUGGGGGGAAAAAGAGGAAUUACAUCCCAGUUAUGGGAAGGUUUUAAAAAGUCUUCAAUGAAAUGGGUGCAGAUAAGAAAUAAGGGCAAACAUAGAGCGUCCCUUUACAUUUUAUGUUUUCAUUAAUGAAACUUGAGAUGCACAAGUAAAGUGGUUGUUUAGUGGGCUGGAGCUGGACAUGUUCCACGAUAGACUUUCUGAAGUUCUUUUUAUUUCGUACCCUGUCCAGGAACCAGGCUAACUCCUUCUCCAAAACUGAGUUUGUUCUGUACCUCAGAAUUCCCUGAGGUUAUUUUUGUAUUUUACAUUACUUUUUGUUAGCGUGCACGAAUGACUCCGUCUGUAAUUCUCCCUUCCCCCUUCUCUAGGUAGUUGCUAUAUAUAGCAAUAUCUCUGUUGUUACUAGAUCUAUUGUUAUUUUGAUGCUUUCGGUCUCAACAUUCCUGACAACAAAAUAUGUGAAAUAUAUCUCCUUUCACUGGUUAAGUUUUGCAAUAUUGUAAAUCACUAGUAUUCCACUAGUUAAGUAUUUCACUAGUUAAGUUUCACAAUAUUGUAAAUCGGGAGGAUUUUAUAGAUGAUUACUGGUAAAAUUAUUGUUUUUUUUUACUUAAUUUUAUUCUUUACACCUAAACAUGCAUCCUAUUGUAAUUUGUUGGAAGUUGAACUGCUCUCAUGCUGGGCUGUGAGUAUGGCUGCAGAGAUGCUGUGGAAGUCUUAAUUAAAAACGGUGCUGAUGUCACUUUGCUGGACGCCCUUGGCAAUGAUAGUUCUUACUACGCAAGAAUCGGUGACAAUCUGGACAUUCUCACCUUACUGAAGAAUGCCUCAGAAAAUACGUACAAAGGAAGAGAACCUUGGAAGAAAGGGCCAACUUUACAACAGCGAAAUUUGACACAUUUUCUAGAUGAAGUAAAUAUGAAGUCAAAUCAGAGGGACCAUCAAAACACUCAGGACCUGGAGAUUGAAAAUGAAGAUUUGAAAGACAGGUUAAGAAAAAUUCAGCAAGAACAGAGAAUAUUAUUGGAUAAGGUCAAUGGUUUACAACUACAACUCAAUGAGGAAAUCAUGAUCGCUGAUGAUCUACAGAGGGAGAAAGAAAAGCUGAAGUCGCUUUUGGCAACUAAAGAAAAACAGCAGGAAGAAAGCUUAAGAACUAUUGAGGCUCUGAAAAAUAGAUUUAAGUGUUUUGAGGGUGAUCAUUUAGGAUCAGGGAUCCAUUACAGUAACCGAAAAGAAGAUAUGCUUCUUAAACAAGGUCAGAUGUUCCCCACAGACUCACAGUGUGCUUCUUCAGGUUUACCAGGCCACAUGCAGAGCAGGUCUAUGUUAAGGCCACUGGAGCUGUCCCUCUCCAACCAAGCCUCAUAUUCUGAACAUGAGAUGCUAAAGAAGGAGCUAGAAGCCAUGAGGAACUUCUACGAGUCUGCCAAGCAGGACCGACUCCAGCUCCAGAAUGAGCUUGCUCACAAAGUGGCCGAGUGCAAAGCUCUCACUUUAGAAUGUGAACGUGUCAAGGAGGAUUCUGAUGAACAGAUCAAGCAGCUGGAGGAUGCAUUGAAAGAUGUGCAGAAGAGAAUGUAUGAGUCUGAAGGUAAAGUCAAACAGAUGCAGACACAUUUUCUUGCCCUGAAAGAGCAUCUCACCAGCGAGGCAGCCACUGGGAAUCACAGACUCAUGGAGGACCUAAAGGAACAGGUGAGAGACAUGAAAGCGAAAUAUGAAGGUGCCUCAGCAGAAGUGGGCAAAUUAAGGAACCAGAUCAGACAAAACGAGAUGCUAAUAGGAGAGCUGAAGAGGGAUGAAGGCAAGCUGAAAGAAGAAAACAAACAGUUGCAGAAAGACGUAAGUAUGUGCGAGGUGGAGCAAGAAAAGAAGUGGAGGAGGGUGGCAGAGGUGGAAAGCCAGCUAAAGGACUUGUCGGCAAAGCUCUCACUUUCCAUUCCGGCAGAGAAGUUUGAAAACAUGAAGAGCAUAUUAUCUAAUGAAAUCAAUGAGAAAGCAAGAAAGAUCGCCGAGAUGGAAAGGGAAUAUGAAAAAUCGCACUGUGAAAUUAGACAGUUAAAGAGAGAACUUGAGAAUGUUAAGGCCAAGCUCGCUCAGCAUGUCAAACCAGAGGACCACGAGCAGCUGAAGAACAUCGCGGAGAAAAAGUCUGGGGAGCUUGGGAAAAAGAUCACCGAGUUAACACUGAAAAAUCAGACGUUGCAAAAGGACAUGGAAAAGUUUUGUCUGGAUAAUAAUCUUCUCAGUCAGCAAGUACAUAACUUAAAGAUGGAAAUGAAAAAUCACUAUGUUCCUUUGAAAGUAAGUGAAGAAAUGAAAAGGUCUCAUGGCAUAAUUGUUGAUGACCUGAAUAAAAAGCUUUUAGAUAUGACACAGAAGUAUACAGAAAAGAAGUUGGAAAUGGAAAAAUUGCUGACGGAAAAGGACAAUUUGUCUAAGAGUGUUAGUCACCUGGAAACUGUAUUCAUACCUCCCGAGAAGCACGAAAAAGAGAUAAAGUCCCUGAAAUCCAAUAUUGUUGAACUUAAAAAACAGUUCUCUGAACUUAACAAAAAGUGUGGUGAAGACCAAGAGACGAUACAUUCGCUCAGGUCUGAAAACACCAACUUGAAAACGACUCUGAGUCUUCAGUAUGUGCCAGUCAAGACCCACGAAGAGGUGAAGAGCGCACUGAGCAACACGCUGGAUAAGACCAACAGGGAGUUACUGGACGCGAAGAGAAAAUUGGAAGACAUGAGUCAGCAGUUCAUGAACUUAAAGGACAAGAACGAAAUACUGAAAAGAAACCUGGAGAACACCCAGAACCAAAUAAAAGCCGAGUACAUUAGCCUGAAGGAGCACGAGGAGAAGAUGAGUGCUGUAAGUCAGAGCAUGAAAAAGGUGGAGGACAGAAGUGCUGAGAUUCUCGCUGACUACCAGAAGGGCCAAGCCCAGAUUGUGACGUUGCAUGCGGAAAUGGAAGCCCAGAAGAAAGAACUCGACACCAUCCAGGAAUGCAUCAAGUUGAAGUAUGCACCCAUCAUCAGCUUUGAAGAGAGUGAGAGGAAAUUUAAGGCCACCGAGAAAGAACUGAAGGAACAGCUGUCUGAGCAGGCCCAGAGGUGCAGCGUCAGGGAAGAAGAGGCGAAGAAGUGCAAGCAAGAGAAUGACGCCUUGAAGGAGGAGAUCCUCAGGCUUCAGAAGGAUCUAAGGGAUAAGAACCUUCUUGUUGAGAAUUCUCACGAAGUGGAAAGAGCUCUAAGCAGGAAAACAGAAGAGCUCAACAGUAAGUUCAAAGACCUGUUGGGGAAACACACCGAAGCGAAGAAGGAGAAAGAGAAGCUUGCGGGAGAAAAUGCCAAACAGGCUUCUGAGCUUUUGGCAGCGCAGACUCUUCUGCAGAAACAGCAAGCAACAUUGGAACAGGUCGAGACCCUGAAAAAGUCUCUGAAUGGUACAAUUGAGCAUCUAAGGGAAGAACUUAAGAAUAAGCAGCGGUGUUAUGAGAAGGAGCAGCAGACAGUGACCCAGCUGCAGCAGAUGCUGGAGAAUCAAAAGAACUCCUCUGUGCCCCUGGCUGAGCAUUUGCAGAUUAAAGAAGCCUUUGAGAAAGAAGUGGGACUCGUAAAAGCUAGCUUGAGAAGAAAGGAAGAAGAAAGCCAGAACAAAACCCAGGAAGUCUCCAAACUUCAGACCGAGGUGCAGAAUACUAAACAAGCCUUAAAAAAUCUAGAGACCAGGGAGGUGGUUGAUUUGUCCAAAUACAAAGCAACAAAAAGUGAUUUGGAGGCACAGGUUUCCGACCUAAGUGAAAAGCUGGCCAGUCUGAAUAGAAAAUACGAAGAAGUGUGUGAGGAGGUUUUGCAAGUCCAAAAAAGGAAACUGUCAGCAAAAGAUGAGAAGGAAUUGCUACAUUUCAGCAUUGAGCAAGAAAUCAAAGACCGGCAGGAACGGUGUGAUAAGUCCUUAACAACCAUCACAGAGUUGCAGAGGAGAAUACAGGAUUCUGCUCAAGAGAUUGAAGCAAAGGAUAAUAAGAUAACUGAGUUGCUUAACGAUGUGGAGAGAUUAAAGCAGGCCCUCAACGGCCUUUCGCAGCUGACCUACGCCAGUGGGAGCCCCGGCAGGAGACAGAGCCAGCUGGUGGACAGUCUGCAGCUCCAAGUGAAGACCCUGCAGCAGCAGCUGGCCGAUGCUGACAGACAGCACCAAGAAGUAAUUGCGAUUUAUCGGACACAUCUUCUUAGUGCUGCACAGGGUCACAUGGAUGAAGACGUGCAGGCGGCCUUACUCCAGAUCAUUCAGAUGCGGCAGGGGCUGGUAUGCUAGCAUCCAUCCGCGUGGUUCGGCCAACUCUGCCUUUCCUGCUGGUGCUGAACUUCCUUGUGCCACCGUAGGGCCCUACUGUGACAGUGUCGUGAAAAUAAAGCAUGCUUUGAUCCACCCGUAGGGUCUCCUAGUGAGAUGACUCUCCUACUGAGUUUUCCAGUUUCACCCCCAACUGUACGUGCUUUCUCUAGAUGCUCGGCUCACAGUGAGGCCCAAACAUGCCGAUUUGCCUUGGACUGGCUACAUAUUUCUAAACUGUUGGGCCCCUCUUAAAACAGGAGCCAUUGACUGGGUGCCCUGGCUUAAAUAGUCAUGUAAAUAUUUCUUACAAUUGAUUUGGUGGCAGCCACUUUUAAGUGGAUCCAAACAUCAUUUAGGUCUUCAGAUGAGCCAAGAGACCUAAUGUGAUUUCAAGGAAUACUUGCAACUUGGCUGGCCAGGUUGCAUUUUUUUUUUUAUUGAAGUAACUUAAUGAGUGUCUUUGACUUUUUUUGAGGUACUGAUAGUUUUCUUCUUACACUUAUAACUUUUGUGCCUUUUAAAAUACUUUCUUGUCAGAAAUGGUUUGCAGUGCUAACAUACUCAGAUUAAGAACAAGGCAGAGGUGGAAUAUAUUGGGAAUUUAUAGUGAAACUGCCUCAUAAUCUCUACAAACAGUUAUCUUAAUUUUAACUUGUGGUGACUUUUCUUGCCACAGUAUUUAGAGAACUAUGAUAAAUGAUAAUACUAGAUUUCUCAAAGUGUCAAAAAUGUUAGACUUGUUUUAGCAAUUACUUUGACAUUUGCUACUAUAGUAACCAAGUACUCAUUAUACAUUCAUUUUCCAAAUGUUUCCUACUUAUUUAUAGGAAAAUUGCACUAAUGAGAUUAAUAAUGUGAAAUGCAGUUUUCUUACAAAAUUAGCAUUAGAGAAUUGGUUUUAGAAAAUAGAUCUUUAAGGUUAUGACAGAAGUGCAAUAAUAUAGUAAACUAAAAAUAUACAUAGCAAAAAAAAAGACCAAUUCACUAUUUAUAGAAUUCUCUAAUGUAAUCAGCCAUUUUUAUUAACUACACCUCAUUAAGGAAAAUUUGUUUUGCAAAUUUUAUUAAUAUUUUGUUUACCAUUCAGAUUGAUAGAUACUAAUUUGUUAGCAAAUAAAAGAAAUUAAUAAUUCAGUUAGGUUUCCAGGAAUUGUAAAAUGUGCCUUAGUAUCCUGAACCAGAUUUUUAAAAAUACUGUUUUUGUAUAAUAAUGACAGAUAACCAUCAAAAAAAGUUUUCCCACCAAAAUUAAGCCAUCUUUUUUUUUUUAACAGUGUGGAAACAAAACAGUGAAAAGUCAGGAUUGGGUUUAAUUUUAUUUCUUUUUAAGUGGAAAUACCCAGUUUACACAGCAGCAUUUGGAUUCUUUCAUUUAUGUUUUAUGUUCCUCUUCAGUGAUAGUUUUGAUUCAUGAAUUUUAGGUCACAUGUUGAAGCUCUAUAGAGUAGAGCAAAGUUCUUAAGUAAGUACUCACAUUUCAAUAUUGGAUCUUCCUCAUUAAGGGAAGGGAAACAUAUGUAUUUUAUCUUGUCUCCAACGAUCAAUAAAAUGUUCUCUGUGGAAAGGUGU